CAACACUGAUUUAAAACUGUUCAUGCUACAGUUGCAGCACACAAGGAAACACAUUCUUGUGGCAAAUCGAGAAGGAAAAAUGCGUUUUAUAUUUAAUUUUUCCUUGCCUUGUAGUCGUGUUUAAUAUAAAAUGUCUUCUCCAACCGAAGCAGCAGAUGAUGAGUAUGAAGAAGUGGAGUUUGUGUCGCAUGUCAUCUUAUUCCGACUUCAGGAAGGUCCUAUUCGACCGGUGUUGGAAUGUAUUAAUCUGUCGAGUGACAGUGAGGAUGAGGGAUGUUCACCACUGACAGUGAAGUUCGAAGAUAAAAUCACCCAACGCAAAGAGCGUGUAACAUCUACGCUGGAAAGACUGGCAAACCAGGUGGCUCGAGAGAAAAAGGAAAGGGCAGAUAGAUGCAGAGCUUUCAAGGAAAAACAGUUCUUACAAAGAGUUCACGGGCAGCGGGAGUUAGCUAUUAGCUCCACAAAUGGGACUCAACAGGAAGCAAAACGCUGUGUGGACAUGUGGCUGAAGAUGCCAGGUGUUAAACCAGGAGACCUGGCUGGUUCUGCCUUCCCAAGAAGACGCACAGUCGCUUCUUUUCCUAGAAAUACUUCAACUAGACACACGUGCCCAGUAAUCAACUGUGGGCGUGUGUAUGACAACCCUUCCCUGCUCGACGGACACUUAAAAAGGUUUGAUCACUCCCCUUGUGACCCAGCAAUCAGUCUGAGAGGAAGCCCGGCCGAGUUCGUCGCCUGUGUCGCCUGUGGUCUGCAUUUUCAGACCAAAGAAGCUUGGAGGAGACACGUCGAGUCAAAGAUAUCCUCGUCCAGUGAUCAUGGCCACAGUGCGGAUCAGACAUGUCAGCAGAUUGUGUGUUUUGCCUGCCCUUCCUGCUGUCUUCUCUUCAACCUCCGAGAUGAGUGUCUUCAGCACAUGUCGGCUAAAAAACACUUCACAGAGUUGCUCACCAUGACUGAAAGCAGAGGAGCAGCGCAGCCAGUUCCUGUUCCGAGGCAUGCAAAGAAUCGUCUCAUCACUUUGUGCAGAGACGUAGCAUUCAAUGUGCGAUGCUCUUUGUGCCACAAAGUACUGAACUCGCAUCAAGCAGCUCAAGCACACUUUAAUGUGCACUGCAGGCAUGGCUGUGCUGUAGCCAAGGCUGAAAAAGUCGUCGUGGAUGUAAUGAAGCAGCUGCUAGUACGAGGGCAGUGCAGUCUCUGCUCUAAAAUCUUCUUCAGCCAGGCUGAAAUAGAGACACACAAAGAAUCGAUGCAGCAUGACGUUGAGGUCAAUAAAACGAUGGCAAAGGCACUUCUUCAGUUCAGCAGAUUCAGUGAAAUUCAACACACACAGAGGACAAAAGAAGCACGGGGGAAAAGACAGCCCGCUGGCUCCGAGACACCCUUUCAAAAUAGAAACAAGAAGAGGGAUUGUGAUGGAUCUCCAGCGAAACGGCAGAGGUUCAACGCAAAGUCUGCAUGGGUCUGCGAGUGUGCUCUCCAGUUCUCAGAAGAGGCUGCGGCCAGUAAUCACCUCCUGGCAGUGAACCAGGUUUUCCAUCAGUGCGGCGUGUGCGGCAAACACAUGGGAGAUCCCUCAAUUACCCGCUUGCAUAUGAGUCGCUUCCACGGGGGAGCACACCUCUCCAACUUCCUGUUUUUCUGUCGCAAGUGCAAAGUAGAGAUGCCCCGUUAUGAAGACAUCCUGUCGCACGUGUCGGACUCUCACCGUGGACACACUUACUUCAGCGAGCAAGAAGUGGCUGAGGAUAUCGUCACAGUCCUCGAUGCCAAGCCUUCCACCAGCAGCGCCGUCCCCCAGCUUUCAUCGUCCAAGGCCCAGCGGAGAUCCUCCGCCACGGCGGCGAAGCAGUGGAUGUGCAGGAUGUGCGAGGACGUAUUCGACUCAAAAGAGGCCGUCCGCAAACACUGCAGCGACGUGAGCAGCCACAGUUUUCAGAGAUUCAUCUGUGGACACUGUCCUCAGAAGUUCUUCAAAGAGUCCACGAUGCGUCGACACUGUAUGAAUGAGCACGAUGGGGAAAUCAAGAGCUUCCACUUCUGCGGCCUCUGCGACAGCAUGCAGUUUGAAUCGCAGCCCGAGUUCAUGGAGCAUUACAGCAGCCUUCACAGUAAAGACUACUACUGCAUGGAUGACGCUGACGUGGUUCAGCCAACCAGUCAGCCCACCAGUCAGCCCACCAGUCAGCCCACCAGUCAGCCUACCAGUCAGCCCACCAGUCAGCCCACCAGUCAGCCUACCAGUCAGCCUACCAGUCAGCCCACAUGCCCCUGCAUGGGUUCAGAAGAGGGCAAAGAAACAAAGAAAAUAAAGUAUAAAAAAUGCAUGAGAAAUCUGGCCGCUGAAGGCAAAUGUCAGUACAUGUGUGCUACGUGUGCUACGCCUGCGGACUGUUACGUACGGAUGAAGAUUCACAUACGCCAGGAUCAUCCAGAUUUAAGCCAGGACGAGACAUUUGAUGUGCAUUGCAAGAUAUGCCCGGAAAGUUUUACGGGUGUACCAAGUUUCCAUAAACACUUUCAUUCCAAGCACUGUCCACUGGAGCCCUGCGUGAGCUCCAGGACUCGCAGCGAUGAUGUAAAAGCAGAGCCUGCCAAUGUGAAAGUAAUAGUUGCUGUGGAGAUCAAACCGGACAACAAUGAGGUUGAAGAUGAAGCACUGACUGAGUUGCUGAACAUGAAUUCACCCAACGAUGAGAGAAAAGCAGGUGACUCUGAUGAAGAAAUGAAGCAGGCUCUUUCCUUGAGUGCAGAAGAAGCCAGAGAGUCUUCAGAGUUGGCGGAAGCUCUUCAAAGAAGUCUUAUGGAGUUUUAAGUCGUCUGCUGUUAACGAUGGCAUCUUCACUGGUGUAGACAUUCUGUUGAAAUGUUUCAUGCAGGGUCGUUAUAUUCAGAUAUAUGAAAUAAAUGUUAAAGCUCAUUUGACUUCUUCUGUUCUUGCUGUAAGGGUAACUUCAGCCGUAAGAGGCCAGAGUACAUAUUCUGAAAGUUUACUUUGAGCUCGUUGAUAUAUUAGUAGGCUUCUGUUUCAAAGACUGGAGCUCUUCAAUGUGUCGACGUCUGGGCUAUCGGUUUCAGUGACACGACGCCUCAGCUGACCUUGUGACCCCGCUGCUAACUCUGUCUCUGGUUUCAUUGCUUAAUUGCAAAAAAAGAGUUCUUUUGUUUUUGUCCAGAUAUCAGCCUGAUUUUGUACAACAGAAAGGAUAUAAGUAAACUUGUUUAUAAUUUAUCCUAAAGUACAGGUUUGAUAAUAAUGCAGUCCAGUUCUGUGACUAUAUGGAUGUUAAUAAAUAUUUUAAUAAAGUUAAUAAAAAGUUAAUAAAGUUUUUUUUUUUGUUUUUUUUUUAUUAUUUCCUAACUAAUGUCCUGUUGAGAUAAACUUUCUUCUGAAGAGCCUUCUUGACUUGUACUUGCUGUAUAUGCGUUGUUUUUUUUUUUCGCCAUUUAUCCUCUGCAUACUUGAAGAUAUUUGAGACAUCUGUUACAGUCAGACAAUUAAGAAGGAAAAAAGGUGUGAUUGUAGUUCAGGA